AUGACCCCAGAUGAAUUCAACAUCGUCGAGGUUGCAAGAAGAACAAUCAACUCGAUCCCACCAUCAGAUACCUACAGCGUGGCCAGCGCCGCCCUCUCAGACGACGGUCGAGUCUUCAAAGGUGUGAAUGUUUUCCAUUUCACAGGGGGUCCUUGCGCCGAGCUUGUUGUUCUCGGUGUUGCUGCCAGUGCUGGUGCACAGAAGCUCUCUAAUAUUGUUGCCAUCGGGGAAGAUGGUCGUGGGGGGUACCGUGCUAGCACCUUGUGGCCGGUGCCGACAGAUUCUAAGUGA